AUUUGGGCCGUAAUUGAUGUGCAGUUGUAGUGAGGGUUCACUCAAUCAGUGCUUCAAUCACUCCCUAAAGUGAGGCUAAAAUCCAUUUUUGAUUUUCCAUUCAAUUGUUUAUUAAAUGUGUUUAUCAUUCAAAUGAUUGACUCAUUGUUUUGAGCGGACAUUGAAUUCAACGCACAAUCGAUUCAAUCGAUUAAUAUAUGGUUUGCGGCAAAAGUGGUGCCAAAGACUGUGUGAAGACAUCCAUUGAAGUGACGUUUGAAACGACAAAUCGGUUGACGUUUUGAGGGAAGGAAACGGCGAAGAAGUGGUGCAGAAGUGGUGACAAGUGUUGUCGUUAUGACAGUCGACCAUAACUUGGCUCAAGACAUGCCGUCGGCGAUGAGUGACUUGAUAUCACUGAUCGAGAAUGAGAUCCCCGACGGAAGACAGAACCUGAUUGACUCCAACUCCAACCUCGACAAAGUGGCCGACUAUUGCGAAACCAAUUACUUCCAGUCGGAUAAUAAGCGCUCGGCAUUAGAGGAGACGAAGAACUAUACGACCCAAUCGUUGGCAUCGGUCGCCUAUCAGGUGAACACUUUGGCCUAUAAUUUGCUUCAUAUGUUGGACUUACAGACGUCCCAAAUGGCGGACAUGGAGUCACAAAUCAAUCACAUCUCGCAAACCGUUUCCAUACACAAAGAAAAGGUCGCCCGAAGAGAGAUCGGGAUUCUGACCAACAAUAAGAGUACUGUUCGACAGCACAAGAUCUUAGUGCCGGCAAACCCGGAGCGACCGAUCAAAUACAUACGAAAGCCCAUCGACUACUCGGUGUUGGACGAGAUCGGACACGGCGUCAAAAUCAGUGCUCCGAACGCACACAGGACUAAGUCUCACACCUUGAAGAACGGCUCGGGAACGCUACUCAUGCCCAGCGGCGGACCCGCGCCCACCACUAAACCGCCGACACCGCCACAGAUGCGAAAUGUGGGCAGUCUGUCGCGCGGCAACAAAGAGUAUCGCACACCCGCGCCACCCAUCGCCCCGCCACAGGUGCCCAGUAAUUAUGCCCCCAAUUAUCCGAUCGGUCACCCGAAAGCUCUGGACAAUAGACGCGGUUCGGGGUAUUCGACGCUACCGUUAGGAAUGGGACACUCGGGCGGUAUUAUAUCCAAUGUUAUGCAACAAAUGGGCGGACAGUCGACGCUUCAGUCACAUUACGGACAAUCGAUGCACGGGUCGCAGGGGUUGCCGCAGUCGCAGCCCAUAGGUAUGGUGCACCCAAUAACCCAUCCGCAACACCAUCACCAUAACAGUGCUUCGGCUAACUUUGCAGUCCCGCCGUCACCGACGCCACCACCCCCUCCGCCCCCUCUCCAUGAAAUGCCAGUUCUCUCACCCAUUAGUGAUUCAUUGCCAGACCCGCCGCCGAUGCACUUACACCACAAUCAACACAACGAUCACUUCGAGAGGCACUCCAAUGCCUCUCCACCACUUCCUCCGCCGCCACCCAUGAACGAGGAGAGCCAUCACAUGAAUCUCUAUAAUAUGGAACAAAUUGCUCACAACACGAGUGGUUCGUAUAGGGAUCGCAAUCACGACUCCGAAUGGGUUCCAAUGAUCGCUAUCUAUGACUACAACGCCGACAAAGACGAUGAGCUCUCAUUCCAAGAGAAUUCUGUCAUUUAUGUGAUUCGUAAGAACGACGACGGAUGGUAUGAGGGAGUCAUGGAUGGCAUUACCGGCCUCUUCCCCGGCAAUUAUGUUGAGCCAUGCAUUUAAAUUGCUCUCUCUCUCUCUCUCUCCCUCUCUCUCUCUCCCUCUCUCUCUUCCUCUCCCUCUCCU